AUGGAAGCCCAGAGGAGCCACGUAACCAUCUUGUUGGCCGUAUGUUUGAUCCUGCUGGGAUUAUUUAGAGGUGUUGUAUCAGCUGAAUGGCAAGGAGAUCUGUCAUCUUAUCACAUUGCGUCAUUCAGUAAUCCUCAUCCUCCUAGACCUCUCAAUGAUCCAUCUGGUAACCACAAUGCUAAAUUUAAUCAUUUCACUCUAUCUGGCCCUGAUGGGGCUGUGUAUGUUGGAACUGUCAACUACUUAUACAGACUGGAUAGUUCAUUGAAUCUGCUACAGAAUGUUAGUACAUGUCAAGAACUAGGACAGGAUAGAUGUGAUACAUUCACCAACUACAAUAAAAUCCUGAUAUUAGAUAAUCAGAAUCGGUUGAUUACAUGUAGAAGUGAGAAUGUAGGAAAGUGUCAGUUCAGAAAUCCAGAUGAUUUGACUGAUGUGUUGUUUCGGCCAGGUGAAGGGACAAGCGGAACAGAACAGAACGUUGCUGGUUUUGGAGAGUUGUCUACUGUGAGUUUGAUUGCACCAGGAACUGAUGGAUCAACUGGACCAGGGCCAGAUGGAGGCGACUGGUUGUAUGUAGCUGUGACUUACUCCAAUGAGGUUGGGUAUCGACAUAUCCCACCAGUCAGCAGAAGAGUCCUUAGUGCAGACGCAUCGUUGAUAUCCCCAUCAGGCACAGGGUAUUCUCCAUUUACUGCGUUUGAUAUUUCUUAUAAACAAAACGCAGUCCCAUUUAACUAUGUAUCUGGUUUCUCAUAUGAUGGAUUCACAUACUUCAUCACUUCUCAGAAGGAGGAUUCUGGUUCCAAUGUCUUUGUUUCUAAAAUGAACAGAGUCUGUCAGACCAGUCCAACAUUUGCCUCUUACACAGAAAUCACCCUUCAAUGCCAAGGAUCAGGUAGUGUGUACAGCUUGAAUGAAGGAGCUGAUGGGACUAGUGAUGUACCUAUUGAUAGACUGGAUAGUUCAUUAAUCCUGAUACAGAAUGUAAGUACAUGUCAAGAACUAGGAGAGGAUAGAUGUGAUAUAUUCACCAACUACAAUAAAAUCCUGAUAUUAGAUAAUCAGAAUCGGUUGAUUACAUGUGGAAGUGAGAAUGAAGGAAAGUGUCAGUUCAGGAAUCCAGAUGAUUUGACUGAUGUGUUGUUUCAACCAGGGUCUAAUGUUGCUGGUUUUGGAGAGAUGUCUACUGUAUGUUUGAUUGCACCAGGAACUGAUGGACCAAUGGGAGAUGGUCCAGAUGGAGGAGAUUGGUUGUAUGUAGCUGUGACUUAUGCUACUGAAGAGGUUGGGUAUACAGAAAUCCCGCCGGUCAGCAGAAGAAUCCUUAGUACAGAUGGGUUGUUGAUAUCUCCAUCGGGCACAGGGUAUUCUUCAUCUACUGUAUUUGAUGUUUCCUAUACUCGUGAUCCAUUCCAAAUAACGUAUGUCGUCGGUUUCUCAUAUGAUGGAUUCACAUACUUCAUCACAUUUCAAAAAGAGGAUAUUGGUUCCAAUGUCUUUGUUUCUAAAAUGAACAGAGUCUGUCAGACCAGUCCAACAUUUGACUGUCACACAGAAAUCACCCUACAAUGCCAAGGAUCAGAUGGUAGUGUGUACAGUUUGGUACAAGCUGCUCAUAUUGGCCCAGCAGGUCAGGAUCUUGCUGUAUCAUUAGGUUUGAAUGCUGAGGACAUGGUGUUAUAUGCUGUGUUUGCUAAGAAUGAAGGAGCUGAUGGGACUAGUGAUGUACCUAUUGAUCAGUCAGCAUUGUGUGUGUAUAAGAUGAGUGAUAUUUUAGAUGCCUUCAAGGAAGCAGUCAGGGGAUGUAUUCAAGAUGGAGAUGACUACUCAGUGCAGUACUUGCAAGGAUCCUUCUGUCCAUCCUUCCUGAUGGUCAGUCCAGAUAUGUUUCUGUGUCAUCAUUUUGAAAAUAGUAACCCAGUAUACAAGUAUGCUAAAGGAAUUGAUGUAACUUCAUCAAAUGCUGUACUGGAACUUUCAGACACUCUGAUGUCCUCCAUCAUUACAACUACUGAGAUGACCCACACUGUAGCUAUCAUUGGAACUUACUACAGUGGGGAACUUUUAAAGGUUCACAUCCAGAGCAAGACCUCAGCCAGACUGUAUGAAAGAGUAGACCUUGAUAUUACUGGAUCAGUUCUUAAAGAUGUCAAGAUUAAUGAUACAACAAGAGAGAUGUACAUACUCACUGAACAAAAGUUUCUGAAGAUGCGGUUUGAGAAUUGUGGUCAGUAUACAACGUGUGAGACGUGUAUUGGUACGGAUGCAGAGAUGGAUGGAGACCCAUACUGUGGCUGGUGUACUCUGCAAAGACAAUGUACCCUGUAUUCUGACUGCAAGAUGCCUGAUGUGUCUACGCGAUGGUUAGCCUACAAUACUGCACAGUGUAUUGAGAUAACCAAUGUGGAUCCUUAUAACAAUCUACCAAUCACUGUCACAGAACAACAGGUUACUGUGAGUGUAGAGCAGUUACCAGACUUACUGACCAACAUGACAUAUGAGUGUUGGUUUGGAUCCUACGUAUCUCAAGCUACAAAGACUAAUGAGGAUCUUAGAUGUGUCUCCCCACCUGAUAAUAGAAUACCACCAAUUCAACAAGGAGAUGAUGCUGUUCAGGUUACACUGAGCAUCCAUUCCAGUGAAACACCAGUCAGUUUUGUGGAUACAAGUUUCUACUUCUAUGAAUGCUCCACUCAUACUUCUUGUGUAUCUUGUGUUGAUAGUCGAUGGGCCUGUGAUUGGUGUGUCUUUGAGAAUAGAUGCACUCAUGUUAGUUCUACUUGCUCAGGAGACAACGAAAUCAUCAUUACAGGACAAAACAAUCCAGCUUUGUCUUCACCCAAGGGUCCGGGUUCCUGCCCUCAGCUGCUGGCUCAGAAUACUAAAGUCCUUCUUCCCAAUGGAAUUGAAAGAAGUUUACAAGUCAUGACUACAAAUCUACCUGAUCAGACCCAGACUUCUAGCUUUGAAUGUAGCUUUGAUAUCGAGGGAAUACGUCAGACUACAACGGCACAGCGAAAUGAUGAUACCAUCAUGUGUGACAUGAAAGCUUAUACCUACACUUCCACUGAUGAAGCAGAGCUGAUUGUGAAACUGACCAUUGAAUGGACAGACACCAGUAAUAACCCUCACAUUCUAGAUGACUUAUUCAGCAAUAAAGCAACACUUUACAAGUGUGGAGUAUUGAAGCCAGAUUGUAGUCGGUGUGUUACUGCCAGGCCAGAGCUGGAGUGUGUUUGGUGUAAUGCUUUGUGUGAACUAAGAGAGUCUUGUACAACAGCGGAAGGAGAGUGGGUUACCCACAAUAAUAACGCCAACUGCCCUGAUCCAAUCCUCCAAGGGGUGUAUCCAUUGAGUGGACCAAUAGAAGGUAACACCAUAGUAUCUGUAAUGGGUACAGAUAUUGGCACAGGGUUCCAUACUGUACUGAAUGUGAUGAUUGGAGACCAACAGUGCCAUCUGGAUGGACUGGAAGCCUAUUAUGAAAUAGGCACCAGUGUAAGUUGCCUAACUCAAUCAAGAGUUGAAAGUGUUGUGCCGGUAUCUCUUACAGUCAGGGGAGGUGAUGGGACAACACUACAGGAAAGCAAAGGAAAUGUCAACUUUCAAUAUAGGGUUCCAUCUAUUACAAGUUUCAGUCCUCGUUUUGGACCAGCAGCUGGUGGGACUCGUUUAACAAUCAACGGAAUGGCUCUAAAUACAGGACGGAAUAUUCAGGCAUUCAUUGGUGAUAAAGCUUGCAAUAUAAAAAGCCCAGUGACAGAGACUGAAGCAGUGUGCACAAGCUCUGAGGGGUCUGUUGGGCAGACAGAAGUUCUCAAGAUGUCUUUUGAUGGAUCAGAUAAAACAAGCGAGGUGUACACUUUCAGCGACAACCCGGUCAUUACUGAAGUCAGUCCAACCACCAGUAUAUAUUCUGGCGGUCGGGAGAUGGUUGUCAGAGGGACUCAUCUAGACACUGCCCAGAUGGCUUCACUUGUUGUUACAGUUGCUUCUCAAAUCUAUAAAAGAUCUAUUGGCAGUGAGGGACUCAACAUUAAUGAGUUUGUGGAGAGUUGUGCUGUGGAAGGCUCAGAGUUCAUGCGCUGUACAACUCCCAAUAUAACAUCAGCCGUAAGCAGAUCUCAAUCCAAACAUACUGUGACAUUUGGCUUCAUUAUGGACGGUGUGAGUGACCUCUUAACGUGGUCAGAAGACAACGAUGUUGACUUGGAGUUCUUUCCUGAUCCAGAGUAUGAUGAGUUUGAAAACAAUUUAUAUGACAAGAUGGACAAUUUGUUGAAAAUCAAGGGUAAGUUUAUCAACAAGGCAAUCACUGAAUCAGAAAUCAUCAUUUAUGUUGGACCAGUGAGAAGUGACGUAACCUUCAUUGAAGAAACAGCCCUUGGUUGUAUUUUACCCAAGGAGCAACCACCUGCAGGGGACUUCACCGGCCAAGACAAAGAGAGAGGUCUUCCUGUGGUCUGGGUGGUUCACAGCAACCUUGAGUUCCGCAUUGGUUACAUCAAAUAUAGUUCAGCCAUUUCAACUAUUACUAUUCUAGCGGUUAUCGGAGCAGUGACUUUCAUCAUCUUGGUCUGCAUAGUUAUAGUCCUGACGAUUAGGCUGAAGAGAGCCAGGCGAGAUGCUGAUCUUCUGGUCUUAAAGAAAGACCUUCUUGAAGAUGUUAAGAAAGGACUCUCCCAGAGAAAAUUUGACAUUCUCCGAUUGACAAGUGACGUUGAAGAGAGUGGGAUGCCAUUUGUGAGUCACCGUGACUAUGCUACUAACAUGCUGUUCAUUGGACAAGAGGUUCGACCAACCACAACAGAUCAAGAGUACGGUGAACAUGCUAUGGUUGAAGAAGCCAUGAUGAUGUUCUCUGAGUUGCUAGGCAACAAGAACUUCUUAUUAGUUUUCAUCCAGACCCUAGAUACAAGGAGUCGCUCAAAGAUUUCGGUCAAAGAAAGACAAUCGAUAGCAUCUUUACUGACUGUUACUAUGGUACUGAAUGACACCCUGGAUAUCCUAACAGACAUCUUGUUAACGUUGAUGUCACAGAAGAUUAAAGAUGCUCAAGCCACCAAUCAGGAACUCCUACUCUUCAGCAAGACAGACAGUGUUUUUGAGAAGCUUCUUUCAAACUGGGUCUCCCUAUGUCUGUAUGACCAACUGAAGAAUCACACCGCCUACCCUCUGUUUGUGUUGUACCGUGCCAUCAAAUACCGCACUGAACAAGGUCCUAUUGAUGUCGUCACUGGCCAGGCAGAAUUUUCUCUUAACUUUGAGAAUUUACUGCAAGAAACUGUAAACUUCAACAUCUUGACACUGGUAGUUCUCAACAGAGAGGGAAAUGUCAUCAAGGAAGUCAAGGUGAUAGACGUAGACACCGUCUCCCAAGUCAAGGAGAAGAUCUUAGAUGCCCUCCAUCUCAACAAACCCUACUCCAGCAGACCCAGUGCCAACCAAGUCAGUCUUGUUUGGCAUCAAAGAAAGAACGAGCGUCUGAUCUUGACAGACAAGAGCAUCAGACCUCUCACUAACAAGCCAAGUCCACUCAAGACCCUGAAAGAUUUCCACGUACCUGACAGAGCACCAGUUACCCUAGUGGAUGAAGGCACAGGACAAGCCGAAAGUUGCUGCGGACCAGUGCAUCAGGAUCAGGAAAAAAUUACACAUGAAUAUUUUACCGUCCAAGUUGAAAACCGCUCGGGAGGAUAUCAAAAUCAACAUCUGGCUAUGGAAGCUGAGUCCACAUUCACUGAGGAAGGUGGUUACUGCGUCCCAACAAAAGGUAGCAUCCAGCAGAAGAUCUCUCAUAAUGAACCCCAACCAGAGUUAACAACAAAUGUCACUGACAGUGCACAGCAGAAACAGUAUGAAAGGGAGACUGCUUAUGAACUCAUGUCUCUAGAUAACGCUGGUUUGGAAGAUGAAGAACAAGACCAGGAAGGGUUCAGAGAUUGGCAUCUGACUCAAAAGAAGGAGUCUUUCAGGAUUGAGGAACGCUGCACCGAGCAACAAGGAAGCAAAUUGUGCUGUAUUUCACUCAAUAAACAGAGUCAGUGGGCUGCUAACAAGGUCCCGUUCCAGAGAGUUCUCUCAUCAAAGAGCGUCAUCCAAGAGUAUGUUGACAACAUGUUCCAGACCAUUCUCUCCGUGGAGAGCGCCCCCAAGGCAAUCAAGUUCCUCUUUGACUUCUUUGAUGACCAGGCAGACAUGUAUGACUUGAAGUCCAAAGACCCCGAAAUUAAAUGCGCCUGGAAGAAUAACAUUUUGCCUCUGCGUUUCUGGUCCAACGCCAUCAAACAUCCAGACUACAUCUUUGACAUCCGACCUACUCCGUCCGUUGAGGCAAGCAUUGAUGUGAUUGGUCAGUUAUUCCAUGAUGCACACGACACCAAGACUGAUAAACUUGGACAGGAAUCUUCCAUCAACAAGUUCCUGUACAGCAGAGAGAAAACCAAGUACCAGCGUCUUGUCCGACAGUACUAUAAAGGUGUGGAGGAGUCUACACCGGUAACCACACAAGACCUCAACACUGAACUACAAAAAGCAAGUCAGAAUUUCACAGGAUUGUUCAGCAAGCUUAGCACCUUGAUGCAACUAUGGGAUCUUCUUCUUGUGGUGUUGAAGACAAAAGAUCAAAGUGAUCAGAAGCAUCUGGGAUGCUUGCUGCAGGAAGUGAAAGAAACACUCUCCAGAGGCAAUGCUUUGUAAAAUUUUCCUGAUGUUUAAUACUGGUUUUCCAGGUCAACUUCUGCCAUUCAAAUUCACACCUCAAGUUUGAUCAAUCAAGGUUCAUUUAAGCUACUAUUCAAUCAGUUUUGUUUUGGUGAACUCAUUAUUUUGUUAAACACUACAUGUUCGCUAUUCAGUUGAUUGUCCAAUACCCAUAAACACUUGAUGUAAUUAAAUGGUUGACAAGCCUCUUGCUGCUGGCUCUUAUGAAGUUGAAUGAAAUGUUUGAUAUAAUGAAGUUGAAUGAUCUUAUACUUGAAUAGUGAAUACUUAACUGUUGAAGUUAAAUGACUGUUGAAUGCUUAAAAUGUGAAUUUUCAAUUAUUUAGUAUUUGAACGAGCUGUGUGUUAAAUAACCAAGGGUUCUUUGUUGACAUUGGCCAGGAAAACAUACAUGAAAGUAAGAGAUAAGCAUUAAAUGAGGUGAGACUUCCCUUAACCAGGUUCCUGUUUCGAUUUGCCUGAGACAAAAAUAUACAAAUGUUUGUGCAUAGACUUCUCAACGCAAACUUGUACAAUAAAUCUGAAAUAAUAGUACAAAAAAUGAGGAAUGAAAAUAAUAAUGUCUGUCUGAUCAGUUUUGAGGUUUAUGUAUUUUUCAUGGUAAUAUUUUAUUAUUUUUAUUCUUCCAUUUUGUUAGCUGAAAUACUUUUCAAAGUAAUAGAUUUUCCAGCACAUUUUGGACAAAAUACUUCACAUUGGAGAUAAUGGUGUACUGUUUCUAACAGUGUAGAGUUUGUUGUGGUUUUUUUAGGCAGUAAAUCAUGAUUGUUUAUGGAAACUCCCAGUCAGAACCGUACCCGAUCAGGCUAAAAGAUAUUUAAAUAAUGGAAUUUUGUUUGCAUAAUUUUGACCCAGUUUGCCGUGAUUUUUACACAGAUUCUUGGACAUGUCCACCCAGAAAUUUGUCAAUAAAUUAAUAGUGGUUUUUAAAAAAAUUUUACCACUUUUAGUAAACAAUGAAAAUGUGAUUUUUUUUUGGCAAGACUGUGACGGUUAAUUUGUAUGUUGAGGAAAUAUUUAACUUGUAUACCAUUUCAGUUUGUCUAUUAAUAUUUGUUUAAAUGACAGUUCAUAAAUGUAUGAUAGUAUAAUAUUCAGAUAAAUGUAUAUUAUUAAAGACAUUUAAUUAUCAUCUUCAAGAUGUUUAUAAGUUGAAAGCUGUCAUGCUACGUUGAAAAUAUGAUAUUAAGUAUGAGGAAGUAAGACUUCAACACUCUUGUCCACAACAUCACAAGUUGGAACAUUACCCUCACUGAAGUAAGUUGAAGCCAUUCAUUGGCUAAGAGUUUUACCCCAGGAUGAAUGCAGGUUCUAUUCCAUGAAUGUUAUACUUAUAGGGUCAAUUUUGAGGAAGAAUAUUAAAUUUAAGCCAAUAGUUUAAAACUUUUUCUAUGUACAAUUGUUUUUGCAGAGAUUAUUUUGUUUAUUAUUCUGAAUAUUUUAAAAUUGUGUUAUCAAUUUAGCUUUUUUUUUUUUUACAAUUAAGAAUUGUAAGCAGUGCCAUAAAAUUGAUCAACUUAGAAAACAAUAAAAUAUACAGGAGAGAAUAAUGCA